AUGCCUCCCACAUUGCCAGCGACCGGCUUCCUCGCUGUUGCUAGAGGCAGUCAGAGCCAAGCGCCUACCUCGGAUCUACACUUGUCCUCGCUCGACCUCGACGAAUUCGCGUCGAAGCUGGUCCGCCGCGAUGCCCAUGCCCAGCCAGACACUGCAUCACCAGCCAAAUCCCUAGACCUCCAAGCACGAACCGCCCUUGUCCCGAGAGCAGCAACAACCUUCCAUCCAGGAGCAGGUACCAGACCGCCGCAAGAUUUCAACAACAAGGGCUUCUUCGCACUCUUCGCUAUUCUUGGCGCUGCCAUGGUCAUUGCCUCGAUCUGGUUCUUCUUCUGGGCCAAGAAUGGUGGCUUUCGAUGGCGUCAAGGCGAUUGGGAUGACUACAAGUCUACAGUCCUUCGUCGCAAGGGCCCAGACGGCAAGACGCUGAGCAAUGCAACAAAGAGCACGAAGCUGGGCGGCGGUACUAUCGCUGGCACCCAGAGUAUUGCCUGGGCCAAGCAUCAAGCACGUUCGGUGGUGGGCAGAGACGAGAAGGGCAGAAAAGGUAUACUGGCACAGCGUGGAUGGGGCAAGACGCACUCCGUGACCUACAAGGACGACUUCACCGACUACACCACCACAUACGGCACUAGGACUGUUACAGAUGAAAUGACUGAGCUUCGCACUGACGCUGACACCGAAUAUCAUGGACCUGCACAUGGACACCACUCAAAGCGCUACCGUGACCGCGAUGUCAAGCAGUACAAGAAGGAAAAGCCUGCGCGUGUCGGUGGCAUGAACCGGGUGGCAGACAGCGAGGCAUACGACAGCAGCGCUUACGAUCGAUCCGAUGUCAUGACCGAGACCGUCCUCAGCGAGUCUUCCAACCAGAACCUUCUGCCGAAGAAAGACGAGGAGAAAGAAAAGGAGCGAGCAGAGAGACGAGCACGCCAUGAAGCUGCAAAGAUGGAGCGUCGCUGGAAGCGAGAGGCAGAAGAAGCAGCGUCUGCUCUGGCUCGAGAGGCCAGCGCUCCUCCACCACCUCCCCCAGUCCAUGCUUCUCCCCGCAAGUCAUCCAGCCCAUCAAAGCCUGCUUCAGCACGCAGGAACCAUCGCGACCGUGUUUCGUCCCGCUCUGAAUCACCAAAGAAGAGAGACUUCUCCUACACAGCUGGCCCAGAAUCCGAGACCCUGACAACAGCCUACACCGAGUCUAGCGGCACUCGGACUGCAAGCUAUUACGACGAGUACCGCCCACGCGCCUCUGAGAACCCGCGCUACUCAUCUGAAUAUCGAAGCACGCGACAAAGCUCCCCCAAGAAGAAGGACCGUGGUGGGCGUUCGGGAGGCUACCGCCGCGGCGGUCAAGACAGCGACUUGGAAUGAGACGAACGCCUUCGUGGUGCAAGAAGCAUGAUCGACUCUUUGCGAACCCCAUGCAACUGGCCCAGAGGAUGAAAGGUAUGCAAGUUGAUGAGAGCUCGCACUGCACCUGCGUGAGGGCGACGAAGCAAUCCCUGCCACGUUGACACGGUGACUUCUCCUGCAUUUCUGUCUCACCCUACCACAAGACUAGUGGUAGUGGUAUCUGAUGAGCAAAAUUUUUUUGCACCGACGUGGAACGAAUUGGAACUUUUAGCUCCUGUGUGAUGAACGCUGGAGUUCUUCGGACGCAGGAUUUCUAAAUCAAUCCCACGCUUGUUUGUGUGACUUUGGGCACCAAGCGUGGCCGGAUUAUUUACGGAUUGGGCUGCCGUCGCCUGUAACGUGGCGGACCGAGGUGCGAUGCAUGGCAAGUGCAAGGAAGAGAUACUCCGAGACAAGAUGAAAUUUGGUGGUGGUUUUUUUUUCUCCCUGGUGGAUAGCAAGCAAGCAAGCGGCAUUUGGAGGUGUUUGGGUUUUGAGUGCUCUCUCUCGCUUGUAGAUCAGCCGAGAUACCACAUGAG